AUGAUAAUGUUGCCUUUCUACCCAAUCAGCGGCCCGCCGCCGCCGCCGCCGCCGCCGCCGUCGCUGCUGCCUUGUCCGGCCGGGCCCGUCGGCUCAGGCGGCCUGUGCGCCGGUCCACUCGGCACCGCCUCCGCCUCUGGCGUGGCGGGCGGGUCGAUGUCUGCCUGCGCUCUCGGCCAGCAGCACUUUGGACUCGGCUUCCCGACCGGCCUCUCCUUUCUCACUUCGCCUCCGCCCACGCAUCAUCCGCCCUCGGCACACCUGCCCGACAUGCACUACCCAUCGCUCUCCUUUCCGGCCCCGCGAAUGCCCUACGCCUGCCAGCCGGUCUCGCUGGGGCUGCCGUUGGGGCUGCCGCUGGGCCUGCCGCUGCCGCUGCCGCUGCCGAUGGCGGCCGGCGUCCAGUCCUUCACGGACUCUUGGCUCCCGAUGCCGCCGGGCGGCGGCCAUUCACUGCGGCGCUCGCUGGACGAGGCCGCCUCAGCGUCCAUGCUGACCGGGCCACUGGCCAAUCAGCUGCCCGGUCCGUUGGCCAAUCAGAUGGCCGUCUGCUCGGUCGAUGCCGAUUGGCCGCUGCGCGCACUCGCGGCGGCCGCGGCCGCCGCAGCCGCCGCCGGCUCCGUCUGGCCAGAGGGCCGAGAGGCGCUCGGCGAACCGGUCGGGUCGCCGAGGCUUCGAGACGCCAUCUUGCCCGGCGAGAGCGGUCCAGUGCCGUCCGACGGCUGCUUCGUCUCUGUCGGCCCGACUCCCGACUCUGACAGCCCGCCCCCGCAGGCCAGACCGCCUCUGCCGCCUCCCGGUGCCUCGGCCGAUUGGGCCAAUCUUCUCGCGUCCCUCGCCUCCGCCGCCUCGGCUGCCUCUGUCGGACGCACCGACGCCUGCGACAUCGACACUAACGCCAACGUCAACGCCAACGCCAACGCCAGCGUCGAGGCUGAUACCGACGGUGACUCCAACGUCGACGCCGGAGACGCCGACGACGGCCGACCGACGUGGGCCUCCAGAACCAUCGACGACGCCGGCAGUCCUCGGCAUGCACUUGUCCAUCGUCAUCAUUAU